CUGACUCUGAGAUGGUGCUUUUAAUAAACACUUACUACAUUUACAUCCUGUACCAUGUAAGCUGUAAGCUGUACGCCCUGCCAACUUCCUCUACGAAACUUUAUCUUUGGGCUCCCUCGACGAAGAGGACGGCUGUGGUAUGAGGAAGGGGCCGAGUGGUCUCGUUUCAUUCUGGGGUUCAAAAUGAGCGAACGAGCACGUGAAAUGGUUAAAGGGAAAGGACAAAAAGCAUCAAAGAAGCGCUGCGUGGAGAUGAGAAACCCUGAGGAUGAUGCUGAGAGGGAAACAGCCGCAGAUGCGGGAUCCUGUCGAACCUGCCGGCUGACGGCUUGCGUGGCUGUCGUCGUGGCAACAACAGUCCUGGUCAUUGGACUUUCUUUGUGUUUGCUAUUAUACGGACGCCUGAAGGCAACAGAGCUAUCGUUUGUCUUGUCACGACUACGACACGUCACAAAAGGUGAAGCCAAACACAAUCCGGCCCAGCUGAGCCCGACUGACCCAGAGAGAGCGAAAACUCCUGCGUAGUGAUGGAAGAAAUACUGAGAUCCCGAACGACACCGCUGUGUGGAAACAAUAUCGCUUUUGUCCACAGGGGUCGCCAGAAUCAACGAAAAUGAAAGCUCAUGCAGCGCCAGAGGCGGAUCACACCUCCAAAACUCCAGAGAUGCAGCUGACGGAGCGUCUGCAGCGGUGCCAAAAAGAGCAUCGCGACCUGAGCCUGAUGCUCCAAACUGUCACUCAGGACUCCAGGUGCAGAGUGUGUCCAGACGGCUGGCUGUGGUGGAGGAGUCGCUGCUACUUCUUUUCGGUGGGGCUGCAGGAGAAUCGUCAGUGGAACGAGAGCGCCGAGUUCUGCCGGAAACACAACAGCAGCCUGGUUGUGAUCAAAGACUCUGGCGAGAUGGAAUUCAUCCAAGGUGUGAUGAGGACGUUCCCUCGGGUUCCCUUCCUGUGGGUGGGACUGACGGACGCCGAGCAGGAGGGUCAGUGGCUGUGGUGGGACGGGACGGACAUCCAGCACUACAUGCCGCUGACGGUGGAGUGGGACGCUGACCACCGGGACUGUGCAGACCUGAGGGGAGGAGGGAGUCUCUUCGCCGCCAGCUGUGAGGCUUACGGACCCUGGGCCUGUCAGAGAGACUCCUGACCGGCAGCACCACCAUCCACACACACGUUUAUUGCCUUAUGUACAAUGUGGACAAAAACUCUGAUAUUUUAAAAAAAACAAACUUUUUUUUACACUAAAGAAUUCAGCAUUGCUCCAUUUACACUUUAUCAUGAAAAGUUGUGCAUGUCCUUGGAGGAUACAGUCAGCUUUACAAACUGCAGAAGCAGGUUUUCAAAGGCGUUUAUUGAAGAGAGAUACAUGUAGCAUGAAACAAUUAAAGGAAAGUGCAUUGUAAAGUGCACGCACGCGUUUAGAUGCAGAGUGUGUUCACACUUUUCAUGCUGUAAAAAUUGUUCUCGACAAAUCGCAGCUUCAUCUUCAACCUGCCUUAUUCCACAUGAUUUCAUUUUCUUAAAUAAAUAUCUUUAUUUUCUA